AUGUUUUACAUCUACAUUUCUCUUCUUCUUCUGCUGUGUACGGAAACCAGUCAGGGGGUGACUCUAGGAAAGGAAGAAGAAAGUAUAUUGAGAAGUUUAAUUAGUGAGUUCGAAAAGGAUCCAACGAAUGAUCGUUUUGAUCAUGUAAUUCAAUUAGGAAUAGCAAAACGGAAUGCACUUCCAAAAGUCUUCAUCUGGUGCCCAUUGAAGCAUUUUCGCAUUAAUGUCUACUGUCCAAUUCACAAAUCACCUUUGGUCUUUCAUUCCUGGAAUGCUGACUUAGAAUCCAGAAGCUUCAACGAACCACGACUUGUGUAUGAUUUACAUGGAAACAUUGUAUUAGUGCAGUCGAUGUACCGAUGUCCAUUCAAAAACCCUGAUCAACAGUCCCACCGAGUGGGUCACAUCUACCGUUCUGCUUCCGUAGAAAUACUUAGAAGUAUUCCAAGAACAAUAGAGAACUCGUUUCCAUUCCAACUAAGUUAUCGGACGGCCUGUUCUCCAGAACUGCUGGAUUAUUUGGUCGUUCACAUCGGUAGAGGACAGAACUUUCUUGAAUUGACUGAAGACAUAAUGUCAAUGCACUUUAGGAAAUUCUUACAAUCUAGAUCUCCUGACUGUGAUUCGGUCGAUUUAAACGAAUUUUACACUAGUCCCCUGUAUUCUGUUCCAAGCAACGAUCAAUUAAUGCAUAUCUUUCUCGCAUAUUAUGAUAGUGUGAGCAGUAUUUUUGAGAAUGAAAUUCUAAAAACUCAGUGCUCCAUUCUUACUUGUGAUCACACCUUUAAAGUAAGCAAACACAUCGGAGUAACAAGAGGUGAAGACUCGGCAUUUGUGAAUCAGUUUGAAAACCUCUUCAUUGGUUUAAAUGAGAACGGCGAAGUGGUCGCAUGGAGAUUAACUAAAAGUACUUCCUUUCGUGAAGUACAAGAUACCCUUACCGAAUUAAAGAAUAGACUUUCCACAAGUGGAAAAUUACUGAAUAUGGUGGUGGUUGAUGAUUGUUGUUCAGUGAGAGCUUCAUACAAAUCCGUGUUUCCAGAAGCUGUUGUAAAGCUUGAUCUUUACCACGCAUGCCAACGUGUCGUUAAAACUCUUUCAAAAGGAUUGCCAAAGACACAACAGCUCUCAAAAGAAUUUGGCUUGAUUUUUCGUGCUAAUGGAGACACUGGGCCUGAGCGUGAAAGAGCAACUCCUGACGAGGAAACGAUAGAAAGUAAUUUAGAGAUGUUUUUGAAAAAAUGGGAGUCCCAGUUACCUGUUGCGACAAUAGAAUCUAUCAAAAACUUGAGAAAACAUAUCCGAAAAGGAUGUUGUUCAGCAAUUCCCGCCGGAGCUGGUACACAGAGAAACGAACGACUACAUAAAUCACUCAAGCGAUCUCUUCUGGGUGGUGCAUCAACUGUUUCACCAGAGUUAGCUGUUGCAGUAUUUUCGAUCGUUCUUUACGUCUGGAGCUAUAAAAGGAAGCCAGGGGUAACGAAACACAUGUCAAAUGCUCGCGUGAUACCUUUAGCGCCAAUAGAGCUCUACGGCAAAAAUAAAAAUAUCUCAAAGGAGAUUAUGCGGGCAUUCCACUGUAACACAUCACAAACUGAACUUUCUUCUACUAUGGACCGACAAAGAAAUUUGCCUCUUAAUUACAAAAACUCUACGAUGGUCCAUGUACAGGCUAGCGAAGUAGUUGAAAUUUCGGAAUUAAAAAAUGAUUCAGUGUUGUCUCUCGUGAUCAGUCGCGCCAUACAUUUGAAAGAGGUUUUCUCGUCUAUCGAAAGCAUGUGUAUAACUCGAGACUUCAACAUCUACGAAUUUCCAUUUACCAACAAAAGAAGUCUGAUCGAUGUCAUUGUAAAAGAAAAUGACAAUAUAUAUGAUGAAUACGGAUUAGAAAGUGACAUGAACAUGGAAUGCCUACAGAGAAAUUUGGCGUCCUUUGGUCUCGAAUUAGAGUCGGUUCCAGGAAAUGGCGACUGCUGCUUCAUUAGCAUCGUUAAGGAGUCAAACAAGUUAAUGCUCAGCAGCGAUGAAAAUAAUGCUGAAUUUCGGCGACAUUUAGAUCGCCUUGGCUUUCAAGGAUCUUUGAAUGAAGAUACAAAGUUGUUAAGGUCACUAUUUUGCCAGGAAAUAGAAGAACAUAUUGAACAAUACAGGAACUUUGUGGAUUUCGAUAUAAAUGAGGAGUUGUCGAAGUUCUCUGUAUCAGGAUGGUUCAACAGUUCCCUUGGAGAUCUUUGCGUUCUUGCGUGUAGCAACCUUUUGCAGACCUCCAUAGUCUUGAUAACAUCUAUUCCGGGCACCCCGUUUAUACCAUUUGUUCCGUCAACAAUUUGCAACAAAAUGGCCAUCUUCAUAGCAUACAACCAUUCUGGGCCUGGACACUACGAUGCUACUCGAGGUGAGGAACAUUAGGGAAUAAGACGCGUCUUACAUAAGACGCGUCUUAAAUAAGACGCGAACUUUCCGUAUAAACGGCACAUUUGGUCUAAAAUAAGACGCGUCUUAUUAGAUAAGACAUGCUCUUAUAAAUGGUACAGCUGGCGUAUUAUUUAAGACGCAUCUUAUGUAAGACGAGUCUUAUUUUUCCUCGUAUAAAUUGCCCUAUUGUGUUUAUCGUUGUAAUGAUAUAGGUUUCUUGAGUGGUAUAAAUUUUACUGAAGAGAUCAUGCGCAAAAAAUGACAUGAACUACAGUGGAGCCCCGCCUUAUCACCACCGAGGUCCAUACGGUCACCUCGUUAUUAAGAUCACUUUUUUUUGCCGCCCGGUAAAAACGACUAUUCAUUUUCUUGUAAACAAAGACUCGCUAUACGGUCACCUAGUCAGUACGGCCACUUUUUUGGUCUAUUGGUAUCAACGGAUUUUUUUCGAAAUUUUCUCUGGUCGUCGUGAUAUUGUUGUUUUAAGGAAUAGAGAUACAGAAACAGAGGGUGCGGUGAAGGUUCUACUUGGUUUGCAAUCUUCUUUCUUUUGAAUAGACAAAUUCAAAUUCUUGCAAGCGUCCCACAAUGAGCUCGGGGCAACCCUGACGGCUCCUUCUCUUCCCACACAAAUGACAGUGUGGUAAACGGGUACACAUUACUUAGUAUUGAGAAGAUUUCGUCUUCAUUCAAGAAAGCACAUAUAGACAAAGUGUAGAACAGUACCCCAAACACCACAUGUUAACUACUGUGAAACUUCGCGGCCGUCUUCAGAAGUACAAUAUAACCGCGAUUAUUAUGUCAACUGUACUACUUAUACUAUUUGCAUACUAAUUGCAUCAUGAUCGGCUGGAGAAGUGAAGUGUUCGCAACUGACGCAUGCCCGAUAGCUGGUAUGGAUAAAGAAAAAAAAUAAGGUUCAACAAAAAGAGAAAAAUAGAUGAGUAAAACGUAAAAUAAAAAGCACGUGGUCAGACACGUUAUGACAGCUAAUAUGUCACCUGAAUGAAGGUUUAAUGGCUGUACCAAACGAAUAUAAAUUUAACCUACAUGUAUGUCUCUUGAAUAUAUGCCCCAAAUAAAAAUGUUUUCAUAUAUUUUUUAUUAUCAGAGAUGGGGAGCCAAAUCGUGUCAAACAGCCAGAACAAAAAGAAAGGUUGUUGCUGUGGGUUAAUGUCUAAGUCUCGAGGGCUGACAGAUAUUGCAUCCUGCAUGGAAUCUGAAAAAUCAAGGUGCUCCUGCCUAAGGAAUCAGCAAACUUGCACUCGUCUCUGUAGAUGUAUAAAUUGCAAUAAUCAAGGUUUACAGGAAAAGGGAGCAGUCAGCAAGCGUAAAGGUUGUACCUGCGGAUCAUUGAACAAGGUGAAAGCAAGGCGACUUUCCUGCCAAGAUCACGUUGAGAGAAAGUCGAGAUGCCCUUGUUUACGCGUUGGAGUAAAAUGCGAUAGCGUGUGUAGGUGCACAAACUGUGGAAAUGGCAAGGACUGCCCCGACAAACGUUGCUCCAACACCACACCAUCCAAGCGAAAAAGGACAAAUCCACAAACAUACAAACGAAUGAGAGGGGCUGAUUACUUAGCAAAACAGGGAUUCACUGUAUCUAGUGGUCCUUGGACAAAGCUAGAGAGCAUCUUCCUUUCUGUGGUAAUAGAGGUAAUCGACGGUUCUGGCGUUGUCCUGAACUCUAAAAACAUCGCAGAAUUGUAUAAUUUUGUUGUAUCUUCUGAUGAAGUAAAGGAGAUUGGCAUGGCU